UUUUACUGCAGAAUUAAAAUAAAGAUCGAUAGUGGAUUUUUAGUUCUAUAUAUAUAUUUUUUUUUUUUUUUUACAUUUAUAUUUAUAUGUGUAUAUCGAGAGAGAGAGGGAAAGAGAGAAAGAGCACAUUCUGGUGUUACAAGCCAGAAGUCUGUCGGGGACUUUAAAUGGAAGAUUAAUUUAUGUGAAAGAGAAAAGUGUGUACCUAUCUGAAAGAAAAGUUGCAUAAAGAAGAGGGGCAUAAUCAGCGGACAGUCAACACGGGGUUAAAGGAAUGGCCACUGCGGCUUCCAACCCUUACCUGCCAGGCAAUAACAUCCAUACUUCAGGCUCAAUUGUGCACACCGACUCGGGAGGCGGUGGUAUGCAACCUGGCAGUGCUGCUGUUACUUCGGUCUCUGUCGGGUACAGAGGAGAUCCAACAGCUAAGAUGGUUCAGAGCGACUUCAUGCAGGGAGCCAUGGCCGCGAGCAACGGGGGCCAUAUGUUGAGCCAUGCCCAUCAGUGGGUAACAGCCCUGCCCCAUGCCGCCGCUGCCGCAGCUGCAGCCGCAGUAGCAGCGGCUGAAGCCGGAUCGCCUUGGUCAUCCAGCCCCGUGGGGAUGACUGGAAGUCCCCAGCAUCAGCAGCAGCAAGAUAUCAAAAACAAUUCGGGCAGAGACGAUCUGCACACGGGAACUGCACUGCACCACAGGCCCCCUCAUCUUGGUCCGCACCAGGGUCACCCAGGUGCUUGGGGGGCAACGACAGCGGCACACAUCCCGUCUAUAGCCGGGGGACAGCAGCAACAGUCUCUGAUAUACUCCCAGCCCGGAGGAUUCACGGUGAACGGUAUGCUGAGUCCACCGGGGAGCCAAAGCUUGGUGCACCCCGGUUUAGUACGAGGGGACACGCCAGAGCUAGAUCAUGGAAGUCACCAUCACCACCACCAUCAUCAGCAUCAGCACCACCAGCAACACCACGGCGCAGUGAACAGCCACGAUCCCCACUCUGAUGAGGACACACCGACCUCAGAUGACUUGGAGCAGUUUGCGAAACAGUUUAAGCAAAGGCGAAUCAAGCUGGGCUUCACGCAGGCAGACGUCGGCUUGGCUCUGGGUACCCUCUAUGGCAACGUCUUCUCCCAGACCACCAUCUGCAGGUUUGAGGCGCUCCAAUUGAGCUUUAAAAACAUGUGCAAGCUCAAGCCUUUGCUAAACAAAUGGCUCGAAGAAGCAGACUCCACUACCGGGAGUCCGACCAGCAUUGACAAGAUCGCAGCCCAGGGCAGGAAGAGAAAAAAGCGCACCUCCAUCGAAGUCAGCGUUAAGGGGGCGUUGGAGAGCCACUUCUUGAAGUGUCCAAAACCUUCGGCUCAGGAGAUUACUUCUUUAGCGGACAGCCUGCAGUUGGAGAAAGAAGUAGUCAGGGUCUGGUUUUGUAAUCGGAGACAGAAAGAGAAAAGGAUGACACCUCCGGGAGUGCAGCAGACGCCCGACGAUGUGUACUCCCAGGUCGGCAAUGGACAUUUUUUAGUAGAUUACUUAAAAGAUGCACGUUUAACCGGGCCGAAUCAUCCGAGUGACGAGAGGAUGACUGCUACGAGUACGUUCCACCAGGUAAUUUUGGCGCACUAAACAUCACGAGAUAUGAGGUUUAAGAAGUGAGAUCUUUCUUUUUUCCCUAUUCUUUAUUUGUUUUGUUUGAGACAACAAAAGCAGACACAACACUAUAAAAAACAGACUGUAAACGUUAAGGAAGCAAGCUGGGAAAAAAAAAACAAAAAAAGUUGAAUUAUGUGACAAGGACAAGGAAGAAUGCGGAUCCGCGAGCUUCAAGCUUGACGUAAGAAGAGGACUGCAUGGAUAAACAAAUACGAAUGGGGUUGUUAGUGCGAGAACACUUUGUUAGGCGAUUCCCCAAAUUCCUUGAUCUAAAAGAUCGCCCCUUUUGAAGACUAUAUUGUAUUUUAUGGACAUAUCUUAUUAAUGGAUUUUUUUUUUUAAAAGAAAACAAAGACUGAGCAUCUGCAGCUGCACUUAUCUGAAUUUCUUCUCUAAAAUCCGUUGCCAAGUUUGUCUGAAUGGGUGGAUGUUAUUAUUUAAUUCUGCCAUUUCUAAGCAGUGUUUUUGGUAGGUUUUAAUAAACAGACUUUUCAAAGUUGGCAAUAUAGAUUCAUUAGAUCAGUUGCUGAUCUAAAAUAUUUACUUUAUAUUUUCAUCAAAAUGACUUGUUUUCAGAUUUUAUUCAGAAUACCUAUGAGCUGUUACAAACGGUAAUUUAUUUUUCCCCAAAAUCUUGUAUUACGUGUUUUAUUUUUUGUUUUUGUUAUUGUUUUUCAAACGAGCACAAAUAAAAAUGAGCUGAAAAUAUGGACAGUUGUUAGGUAAUAAGGGUAUAUUUUGAUGUGAUAAUUUGAUUGUAAUUUAAUUUGAGUAGUGAUUCCUUAAGAGGUGAUUGAGAAAAUAAAUUUGUUAGAAUGAAAUAAUGUGAUUGUGUGUGGUGCAUAUGGUAGCGCAGGAAAUAUAUAUUUUCACUACAGCAUUCUACUAAAAUGAUAUGAUUUGAGAUUUUAUUGAAAUUCUUAUUAAAAAAUAUACAUGGAAGCUCUGUGUUUGCCAGGCUCUGACAUUUGCUAUGUUUAUUUAUUUUUAAAAUCUUCUCAGUUAGACCAUCUGUUGUAAUUUAUUGAUGGAUUUGCUGAUUAUCUGAGUUUAUAGGCUAUAACAAUGGUUAUUUGACAGUUUAAAUUUACAGCCAAAAUAAACAAUUUUAGACAAAAUAAAUUAUAUAACUACUGCUCACUAUAAACACAACUCUAGUACCAAAACAAAUUGAUAACCUUUAGGUCACAGAUUUUGACUUUGAAAGACUGCUUGUUAAUUUGUGGUAUAGGCUACAGCUACUGUAUAUAGUACUCUGAAAUAAUAAUAGAAAAUAGAUGUGUUUGAGUUUGUCAGUGUGCACAAGUGCGCUCUGUUUAAAGAUGUAUAUUUUUAAAAAAAAAUAAAACAAUUCUUAAUGGUUUAUAAAAAAAAAAUACUACUUUGUUUACCAAUUAGAUGCCAUAAGCUGUUUCAGCUUGUUUACAUUGGCGACACUUUUUUUUUUCUAAUGAUUUUCUUAUAAAAUAUUUGAAGACACUCAAGUUAUAAAAUUAUUAUCAUUAAUUAAAGGGUUGGUGUUAGAUUUUAAAUGGGGCGUGCAAACUGUAUCCUGCUUUUGUUUGUUUGUUUGUUUGUUUUGCAAUAACCGAAAUUGUCAUGACAGAGUAUUCGAUAUAUUCUUGUAUAAAAAAAAAAAAAAAACUAAUAAGAAAAAUGCCUUAGCUUUUGUAAAUCUUAAUAGAGGUAAACAAAAAAAAAAAAAUCAUUUGACACCAUCUACGAGUUUUUUGUUAUUGUGUUAAUAUUUUCGAUGCAUCAAUUGUACAUGUCGUGGAGUUUUCAUUGUAUAUAGGCCGACUGCAAAAAUUGAGACGUAACAAAACAACAAUAUUAAUUUUAGACAUGCCUCCAGUAAUAUAUCAAAACAGAGCACAAAUUCACCUGAUUCUGCAACCGUUUGUUUGCUUAGAAUUUUGAACAUGCCUACGUGCAAUGGUAUAAUUUAUAAAUUGAAUGCAGUUGGAAUAAUUGAAUGUUUGAUUUUAACUCGUUUUGCAAAUAGUUUGUUGAUACGUGUAUAGGCUGCAGCGUUAUUUUGAACAGUGAAUACAGACAGGCCUUUUAUGCUCUCGUGUUACGUUGCUUUUUCAUUGGACUGUGUUGUUUUGGAGUCGCUUACCAGCCCAUGUUUAAGUAUGCUUAUCGCGUACUACAGUUUUAACCAAAGGCGCGUGUAGAGAUUUGAUAGAUACCAGUCAGCAUUUCUUCUUGUGUAUCUCUCUUUUUUUUUUUUGGCAUCAUUGCAUUAGAGGACUGUUUAGUUCUGUUUUUGUACAGGCCUGCAUGUGCCAGCUAAAUGGUAAAAGGCACAUUGUUUGAAUUAUUUUUUCGAUUUUAUUAUUUCGAAUUGUAGCCUACUGUGGGUAAUCGAUACAUUUUCAUUAUUCUUGCCAUGGUAUAAGUUUUUAGGUUACGAAUGCUAUGGACAGGUACCGGUUUUAUGUAAACAACCCCCAGUCUCCGUAGCAGGUCUUUCAAACGUUCCAGAGACGCACUUCUGGAUUUACAGUAGAUUUCUGUCAUGUAAGCAUUGUAAUGAAUGAUUACAAACAAACGUCAAUUUAAAAAAAAAGUAGGGUUUGAACAUGGAAAUAUUUGUUAACAAUUGAUUUUCAGGAAAUAGGUGAUUUACUGGGAUAGUGGUACUUAUCACAUAACAUAUCCAUUCUGUUCCUCUAGACUUUACUUAACCUGUACAUUUAAUAUUAACAUUUCGUUUUGAUUAAAAUAGAACUAUGCUGGCAAUAUAUAGUGCGCUAAAAAAGAAAGAAAAAAGAAAAGAAAACGAAAUCCUAUCCAGAGCACAUAAACCAUUAGUGUGUCGGGUGGUACUGGCAAAGUCUAACAGCAAUUAAUCAAGCUCUUUCAACAGAAUUCAAAACCUAUUGCCCUUCAGCUAUAUGAUUUUACUAUUUUGAUUAGCUAUAUAAGCAAUAUUCGAUUUUCUGAGACAAAGGCCGCUUAACUUUAAUUGAAAUUGCAAUCAGGAAGAUGCCAGCUUUCAGCUAUAGCUAUAGAAUCCCCCUUGCGUUGGCAUCUAUACUGGAAACACACACACACACACACACACACACACACACACACACACACACACACACACACACACACACACACACACACACACACACACACACACACACACACAUAUAUAGGCUACUAUUGCUAAAGUAGGUAGAGUUUCGUGAGAGAAGGGUACAUUGUAAAACGGAGGGGGCUUCUUAAAAUACACUUUAACCCAAAAUAUUGGGAUCUCAUCCUACCAACAGCUGUAUAUCCCACACAUUUUCCUCGUGGUGACUAUUCAGCAAAACCCCAAAUCCCUUCCCAAAGAUUUAAAUUUCGCGGAUGAUUUACCCGACUGUGGUUGCUAAGCAACUAAAUUCAAGCAGUGCUCAAAGAAUAUGCAAGCUUUUUGUAUUCUCAUUAAUAAAAAUGCCAAUCUGACAUAGAGUCUGAUUUUGGAU